UUUCUUUUCUUCCGGAGUACCCAUCAAUCCAUAGGUUCGCGAUUCAGAACAUGAUACCCCCACCAGGCUUGUUUUGAGGCCGUUGGGUAUGUCGCAUUAAUGUUGUUGUUCGAAAGGAAGUUUCAGCCGAGUCUAAAAUCGGAGUCAGUCCAAACUUGGCCCGAUUCUACCGCUUACCUGGUACCGAAUUCUCAAGGACUCUCUCAUGGCGGGGUUAUCCUUAUCCUUCUCUUCUGAACCUUAAUUGCUCUACAGUGUCGAAGGACAGUGUCGAUGGAGAUCGGACGGAGGCUACGCCGACGGAACGUGAAGGUUUCAACACUGCAGACAAUGUACUGAAUCACCUCGAACCGAACUUUAAGUAAAAAGUUUCAUAAAAGGUUUCAAAAUAACCCUGUUCCUUACGCGGGGUCUCGGCUUUUCAAUGCUUUAAAAUGGUAUUCAAUGUGCCGCGCUCAACCUGUCUAUGGAUUUCAUUUCUCCUGAUUCCACUUCUUCGAGCAAUUUGGCGGCGAAUGGUACCGUUCCCAAUUAUUUUGAGCCAUCGAGGUUGUUCACGGUGGAGGGGCUCGUCGCCGUGAUUACGGGUGGAGGUACUGGGAUUGGGCUUAUGAUGGCCACUGCACUGGAGAAUAACGGUGCCACUGUUUAUAUCAUUGGUAGGAGAUUCGACACCCUCCAGAAAGCAAGGCGAGAAAGAAGUCGGUUUGACAACAUCAUCCCAAUACAGGGCGACAUCACGGAUCGUGACUCGUUACUACAAGUAGUUCAGACCAUAAAGGAUCGACACGGAUAUAUCGAUCUUCUCAUUAAUAAUGCUGCGACAGCCAGGAAUCUAUAUCCUCAUCCCCUCCCAAGGCCUUUCCAAGAGUCUCCUUCACUCGAAAGCAUACCUUCUCCACCGCCUUCCCCUUCAUGUUCGCAGAAACCGCCAUCAAUACGUGCUUUCCAAACAUCGCUUUGGGAUUCAGGUUCUCCUGAAGACUUUGCAGACACUUUUGCUACCAAUGUCACGGGAGUUUACUAUACGACUGUCGCAUUCCUCGAUCUCCUACACCAAGGGAAUAUAAGGAAACAGCCGCAGGAAUUUAAUCCAAUUGACGGAGGUCCUCCACCUCCACUUCACUCAUCACAAGUGCUGUCGGUGUCAUCUUCGGGAUCCUUCCGUGUUGACCCCAAGAUCCUAUCCAUGUCAUAUACGCUCUCCAAGAUAGCAUGCACACAUUUAGGGAAAUGUAUGGCUAAUUUACUGGCUCCCUGGGGUAUACGGAGCAAUGUUUUAGCCCCUGGGGUAUGGCCGAGUGAAAUGACCAUGGCGCAAGCUGCGAACGUCAAACUCGACCCUUAUGCUCUUGCCGCCUCAGUCCCUUUAAAGCGUGCAGGCACAGAAGAGGAGAUAGCCGGUACAAUCCUAUUUUUAGCUAGUCGCGCGGGAGCAUAUGUAAAUGGCGCAGUCUGGCUUGUAGAUGGCGGUCGAGUAGGAACGGUGGCCAGUUGUUAUUCAGUCCCAUGAAGAUGUUACGAAUUACUCGACUGUAUAAUACAGUACUGAGUUGCCAACGGCUAAUACAUGGGCCUCUUUUACUUACAUGGUUGCUCUUCAUUCAAGGUAUCCGCGGGCUCCAAAUCUCUGAUGACCCUGUUCGUGAACCCCUAGACAUAAUACGUAGAAAUGUCC